CUCAUCUUGCCUCACACACUUCACUGCUAGCUACUAGUUCAUUUGCUUGCGUUCUCGUGCCACCAACCUCGAUCGCCAAGAUGUCUACGGUGAGCUGCGCCUACCUCGACCAGAGGCUCGCUGCCGCCAACCGCUGCUCCAAAGAGGCUGCCAUGGCCGGAGCCAAGGCCGCGGCUGUCGCCACCAUCGCCGCCGCAGUCCCCACCCUGGCGAGCGUGAGGAUGCUGCCGUGGGCGAGGGCGCACCUGAACCCGACCGGGCAGGCCCUGAUCAUCUCCACCGUCGCCGGGAUGGCCUACUUCAUCGUCGCUGACAAGACCAUCCUCUCCAUGGCCAGGAAGCACUCCUUCCAGGAUGCGCCGGAGCACCUCAAGAACACCUCCUUUCACUAGUUAGAUCCAUUAUUAGUAAUCCCAGUAAACCUUGUGCGCCAAAGUGCAUAGCGUACAGUGAUCAGCAAGGGAGGUCAGGGAUGCUCCUGGAUAGUCUUGUACUGCGAGUGCAAUUUCUCAUUUCAUAAUAUAAUUUUCAUCAUGCAAGUAGCCAUGUACAGUAUCUUUUGAGCUGGCAAUACUGAAUGAU